AUGGAACAGUUCCCGAUGUUCCGGCUGGCCACGUUGCUCGCGCGGCAGGUCAGCGCGCCCAUCGCCAACAGAAUCAAAGAAUACGCGAGCAGGCACCCCUGGUUCAGCAAACAUGUGUGCAUGGCGGUGGGGCAACUGCACAACACUGCGCAGUUGCGCUUUAGGAUGUGGACCCUGGCGCUUCGGCAGCCGAAGGCGGUAACGCCUCUUUCUGACUCGGCCGCACUGGAAGCCGGCGGCAACAUACUCGGUGAAAUUGUUAUAUUUUUUCUGGGAUCGCUAAUUAUAAUUUUAGAGGUGAACAGACAAGCUAACAAUCAGGAAGAUAAGGAGCUGAAUAUACAGUCGCAAUGGAUGGCGGUGUUAGACCAGCUGGAGGAGCUACAGCGAGAGCUGCGCCUGCAACAGGAGGACAUUGACCGACUAUUCGCCGAGUUGCGCGACUUCGCACCACACCUGUUCCCGCCUGUGCCCACAGAGCCACCAAACUUGACACCGAAGCUCUCACUCAACACACCUGAUCAUGCAGAAGAAAACAAACCUAACACAUCUGCUUAG